AGCGAAAAUGCAUGCCUUGCGUGUAUAGAUUAUUGUGAUAUAGAUUAAUACUUUUUUCCCGAAAAAUGUUACACAAACAAGAAAAGAGUUAUCUGAUUUACUUUGUCUGUCUUAUCGUAGAGGAGAGACCUUUGUCAUAUUAAAGGUUGUGAUUUAAAGACCUCGACCGUCAAAAUCAUGGACAGAGCAAGCAUCCAUUUUAAAGUAAAUCUGUGUUCUAAGUGUCCAGGGGACACAGAGUACUAUUGUAAAACGUGUCCAUGUGAUUUAUGUCCCGAUUGUAAAGAAAACCAUGUAAAAGAUCUCCAAACAAUAGACCAUGAUGUUGUGUUACACCGUGAUAAAAUCAACUACAUCCCAGCACAAGAGAUCUGUGUGAGACAUCCUAGCCAUGUUUAUAUAAAGUACUGUGAACCUUGUGAACUCCCUGUCUGUUUCCACUGCAGAAAACAUAGAACUCACAGACAACUUGAUGUUAAAACAGCCUAUAAAACAAAGCGACAACAACACAGAGGAACCAUUCAGACCAUCAAAAGUGAGGCUCUCUUUUACAGACCUGUUCUCCUGACAGGAAUCAAAGCUGAUGUCAAAAUCUGUCACACAGAACUCUCCCUCUAUCAAUCAGAGAUGUUAACAAAGGCCCCGAAACUGAAGAAUCUCAUAAACAAAGUGAGAAAAGAUUUCAAGUACAAUGUGUUUUGUGACUUUGAUUUCAAACACAGAUGUUUAAAACAGAUGAUAGAAAUGGGCAGACAUAUUGUCAGCCUUCAGGAAUAUGAACACAGAUAUGUACAGCCAGAAUUCUCAUUCAGUGUGCUACAAUUCCUCUCAACUGUAAAGAAAACCCUCCCCCAAAUACAUCUUACCCUCCACACCAGCCAGCUCGCCAUGACUGAGUCACUUAACAAUAAGGAUGUGAUGAAGUUACUGAGUGCAAUUCAAAUCACAGAGAGAGGAAACCGACACGUAGAAAACGAGUGUCUGCUGAAACUGACGUCUGAGGCCGAGUUCCAUCAAUCUCUCACGCUAACUGGUGUUGAUCGUUGCUUUCACAUUUUCUGUGCGACACCGCACCUGGUCUGGGUCAAUGAUUUUAGAAAUAGCUUCCGGGUCUGGAUCAGUGAUGGAAAAAAAAUCAUCUUGACAGACAUCACAGGUGUCUCUCUACAUUGUGUGGAGGUUUCAUGUAGUGAUUUAUAUAUUGAUAGAGGAUUUCACACAGUGAACAAUGAGAGUGAACUAAUUUACAUAGAUUUGAAUUAUAACAUCAACAAACUGUCAAAGGAUAUGAAAACAACCACCACAUUUAUAGAGAGAACAGACUCUACAUGGGCACCACUGUGUGUGCACUGGUCCCCAUACACUGGGAAUCUACUCGUCGGGAUGUAUAGAAAGGAACAAAGGGAUGAUACAGACGAUUCCGAUGAUACAGAUGAUAAAGACUUAACGGAGUUAACAGUGGCAGGUACAGGCAAGGUAACCCGGUACAACCAGAGUGGAGAACUAACACAAACCAUACAGAACGACAACACAGGUCGGGGACUGUAUAGUGGACCUAAAUAUAUAACAGAGAACAACAAUGGGGAUGUCGUGGUGUCUGACUCUCUGCCCGGUGCUGUAGUGGUCACAGAGCGUGGAGGAAGACAUCGUUUCUCCUACACAGGACAUCCAUCGGAAUCAGGACUAGAUUCAUACGGCAUCUGUACUGACGCGCUGUCACACAUCCUGGUGUGUGAUGGUAGAACCAACACAGUACAGAUGAUAGACAAGGACGGUCAGUUUCUGUCACAUCUACUGACAAGACCAUCAGGGAUAUUUACACCACAGAGCCUGAGUUAUGAUGUUAACACUCACCGCCUCUUGGUCGGAACAGGUUUCAACAACACGGUUGUUAUAUACAGGUAUAUCAUCAGACAGGACGCUCUGGCAGAUCAAGAUCAAACCACUGCUGAUGUGAUAAAGUCGCUGACUGAAAUCCCAACCACCUGGACAGAAGAAACACAGGAAGAAAACGAGCGUCUAUGGAAACUGUCUUCUCCAAUUUUUUUUCAACUGAAAGGUGUCCGUCGUUUUUAUCACAUUUCCUGUGUGACAUCAGACCGGGUCUGGGUCAGUGAUGAUAGAAAUAAUCUCAUGUUGACAGACACAACAGGUGUCCCUCUACAUCGUUUGGAGGAUUCAUGUAGUGAUCCAUUUACUGGAUUCCACACAGUGAACAGUGAGAGUGAACUGAUUUAUAUAGAUGAGGAUAAUAACAUCAACAAACUGUCAAAGGAUAUGAAAACAACCACCACAUUUAAAGAGAGAACAGGUUCUACAUGGAGACCACGGUGUGUGUACUGGUCCCCGUCCACUGGGGAUCUACUGGUCGGGAUGAGUAUGUAUUGGACAUUCACAGGCAAGGUAACCCGGUACAACGAGAGCGGAAAAUUGACACAAACCAUACAACAUGACAACACAGGACUGGAACUGUAUCAAGAUCCUAGUUUUAUAACAGAAAACAACAAUGAGGAUGUCGUGGUGUCUGACCCGUUUAAUGCUGUAGUGGUGACAGAGCGUGGAGGAAGACAUCGUUUCUCCUACAAAGGACAUCCAUCAGGAUCAGAGCUGCUGCCGCAUGGAAUCUGUACAGACUCGCUGUCACACAUCCUGGUGUGCGAUGGUAAAAGCAAAACAAUCCAUAUCUUAGACAGUGACGGUCAGUUUCUGUCACAAUUACUGACAAAAUCACAAGAGAUGGGUGAACCAUGGGGCCUAAAUUAUGAUGCCAACACUCAAUGUCUCUGGGUAGGAUCAGAGGUCAACAAUACCCUGUGUGUCUACAUGUAUACUUCCAGAAAGGACGCUCUGACAGAUGAACACACACCCGGUCCUGAUGGGAAUGCCUUGUUCAGCUUAACACCAGCUGUAUAAUGGAGAUAGCUUGGAUAUUGACAAUUUGUAAUGUUAUUGUACAAACUUCGUCUUCGAUGAAAACCGUGCAAGUGGUUUGUCUCUUUGUUCAACAUCUGUUUUAGAAUUUGACCUGUGUAUAAAUCACAUUGACUGUACAACUGAUUCCGGUUAAGACAUUUUGUGAUCUUCUAAACAAGGGUACAUUGGCAUUGUGUUGCUGAAUGUGGAAUUAAAUGCAAAAAUAGUUGUAUGCAGUGUAUGAUCUUAAAGUAACGUAUAUACGAAUAGAACUACAAAUAUUUAUUUAUGAUAUAACAUUAUGGGGGAAUAACAUUUAUUUAAAGUUUAAUUGUUUGUGAGUAUCAAAUUAAGACUGUCUUUCGUUAAUAUUAGUUUAAAUUUAACUAAUGAAUGUUCCUAUAAUCUUCAGGUAAGCACUGUUAUGAA